CCUUUAGUUAUUGGCUGAGUUUGGCUCAAAUCGGGCACUGGAAGCGGGUAAAUGUGUGAAAGUGAAGUGCCUUUGUCAAUAAUAAUGCGAGUUGUAUUGUUAUAAAUUUAGAUUGAAGAAAUGUCGAAUUUGAAAAGUUUCGAAAAACUUUUUCUCAAAAAAAGAAAUAAUAAAAAAACAAAUGAAUGUUAAAUGAAUCUCCAGAAAGUUGAUUGAUGCGGCAUUUUGAACCUCGAAAGUGCAAUUAAUUCAUCGAAAAUAUCUGUAUAAAAUGAACUCAAUUAAAAUUCCUGUCCUCAGACUUCUACAGUAGAAUUUAAUGGGGAAUCUUUUUGUGGUAGAUUUUAAACUUCUAACUCCUACUUAAAUGAUCACUUUUGACCCGUUCUUGAUACGUCUCGUUUUCGCGCCUUUUAUAUUUAACAAAUUCACUAUUCACUAUAGAAUUCUGAAACAAGAGAUGAAAAACUGUUAUUGCACUGAUUGUUUAAAAAUUUAAAAAGAAAAAUUAAAAAAAUAAAAUGUAUUAAAAAAAAUUUGCUCCGGAAGAAGUCACCCACCUUGCAUAUAAAUCAGAAACCGUCUACAAGCAAGCAGUCGCGCUCCAACGCAUGAUUUCACACACAUGAAUACCAACGCAUAAUAUAUGCAUGUGCACGUGUACCUGUAUAAGUCAAACCUUUUAUACACCGCUGAUCAGUUUGGAUGAAUCAUCAACAUCAACCUCGCAUCGCUACCAACCAACAGCCACCAAUUAGCCAAACAAUUAACCACACAUUUACACAUUUGCUUACCAAAAAAAAAACUCUUCUAUGCAUGUGUAGGUGUGUAAUCAAGUGACAAAACACGCAACAACUAAUUUCAUUAAAUAUUUAUUUGGAACUCAGGUGCGAGUAAACAAAUCGUAAAAGCUGUUUUCUAUUCCAUUUUUGUAGUGAAAAAAAUACAAAUAAAAAUAUAAAUAAAAAUUCAAGAAAAAAUACAAAAAAAAAAAAAAAAUAACAAAACCAAAAAUAAAAAGUACAAUAAUAUAAACAAAAAAUUACAAAACAAAAAAAAAUUGUAGCACCAGCAGUGAAACCAAUUGACAAAGCAAAUACGAAAGUGCUCUAAUUUCAAGUUAAAUCUUUUGUUAAAAAUAUCAGCGAACAGCAUCACAAGAAAACCCUCACUAUGACUAUCGCGUCAGGUUCUACAGCCAUGGCCCUACGCUUUGCCUCACUGUUGCUGCCUACUACGCUGGUCGUCGCCAAGGCAGCUUCUAUUGCCAAAGCCGCUACAGCGCACGAUUGUCAGGGCAAGAUUUGCAAACCCAUUGAGGAGUACUGCUCGGUUUUUCUCGAAGGCUGUGAUCAGUGUGAGCGUAUUUGUGAUCCAGAUUCGCACAAUUUUCAACCGGAUUUGUGCGCGAGAGAAUGUGCCGACUACAAUAAAUACGAUCCACUCAAAGCCGAGUUACACAGCAUUCACGAGCAACAGAAUACAAUACUGAUCCUACUGGUCGUACUACUCGCACUCAUCGCAAUCCGCUACAUCUACAAAUGCGUGCGGUGGCUGCGACGCAAGCGCUUCUGCACGUUGAUGCUAAAGAAGCUGCAUAAACAGCACGAAGCCGCGGGAGUGGAGGCCAACGGCAAAGAUUUAGUAAUCGGUGCGACAAUACCGAAUGUUAUGGCAAUAAACGGUGAUAUGGAACGGGCGCCAUCUCAAAUCUACAGCGUAACAGGGGCCGAAGGUUCAGUAAUGACAAUAACUACACCAGUAAGCACACGCUAUCCAGCAGAGAACAGCUCAACACCAACAACAGUAGCGACAGAAUAUUCGUAUGAUAAUCAAGCGCUGGCAGUAACGCCUGUAUCAGAGAAACCAAAUGGUGGCGUUACCCAUGCCUUCUAAUCACAUGCCCUGGAGUUGGCAAGUGGAACGAAAAAAAGCAUGGGGGGAAGGGAAAAGUGAUGAUGUGCGAAAAUGUAUUUAAAGAUUUGUUUACUACUGCUGCUGAUGAUAGAAGUCAUAAUGGUACUCAAUUUAAUGAGAAUCGCUAAGUGAUGUAAAUAAUAAUAGGUUAGGUGGUCAUGAAAGUUAUAAUGAACGCUACUGGGCUACUGUAUGCAUACAGUGCUGGGCUAAAAAAAGCGCUUCAUUCUGUUACCCAAGCACGAACACUUCAUAAUGUUUGAUGGGUAAAUUCAUCAAAAAAUUAUUGCUAGAAUUAUUAAAAAAUAGUAAUAAUAAUAGAACUCGAGUGAAAAAUCGCAACAGAGUGUAUGAGAACGCGACUGCUGAAGUUAGAAAACUUAUCGUUAAUUUUUUUUUUUUUUGUUAAUUUUAUUUUGUUUUCGGCCGUCAAAUUGGAAAUAAUUUUGGCACUAAGUUGAGGUAAAAGCCGAAAACUUCAUAAUGUUUGAUGGGAAAAAUCGCCAAAAAAAUUGUUUUAGAAUUAUUAGAAAAAAACAAAUGGAAUUCGAGUGAAAAAUCGCAUCAGAGCCUUUUAAGAGCUGCUGAAGUAAGAUAACUUAUGGUUAAUUUUUUUUGUUAAUUUUAUUUUAUUUUUUGCCAUCGAAUUGUAAAUUUUAUACACACUAAGUGGAGCUUAAAGCCGAAAUUCAAAGCAAACACACAAUUUUAUAUUAUCGAGUCCAACAGCCAUAGCCGUAAAGCUAGAACUUCAUAUCAAGGGUUUCAGCCGCUGUGUCUUUGUGCGCUUUAAUCAGCUGUAAUAUUUGUCGGCUGAAUAAAGUACUUAAAACUUUUACGUCUGGGACUCUUGGUAUGGAGUUCUAGCUUAAGAUUUUGAGUAUAACUUCUGCAGACAAAAUAUGCAUUAAUCAAAUAAAUAAAAGUGUACGCUUUCCGACCUUGAGCUCAAUUUAUUGUUAAUAAUAUUUAUUUAUUUACUUAUUUAUUUAUUAUUUAUUUUUUUAUUACUAAUUAUUUAUUUUAUUUGGUGGGCAAAAACAAAGUAAACCUUUUUUUAUUUCGCAACAAGUUUUCUAACUUCACCAUCCAUCUUCUUUAUACACUUUGGUUCUAUUUUUCACCCAUAUUAUAUUGAUUUUCUUAAAAAAUAAUUCUAACACUAGUUUUUGAAGACUUUUCCUAUUCGACAAUAUGAAGUGUUGUAUUUACUUUGUUCCAAUGCAGUAAAGCUGACGCAUAAAUCUCAAAAAAAUCCCAAAAUAGUUUAAAAUGCCGCACCAGCUAAACUUUCAAAUCUGCUCGGAAAAAGUGCUGUAACUCCCUCAAUUUUGCUCUGAUUGGCCUCCAAUCUUUGACAUAUUACCUUCCAGUAAAAGUGCUGUAACUCCCUCAGCUUUGCUCUGAUUGGCUUGAAAUUUCGGUGUUUGGCUGAGCUCCCCUCCAAUUUAUAGUGUGCGUCUCCGUAAGGCGACUCCGAAUGGCAGAUAGUUUUAUUGAGAAGCUUUUUAAAAUUACCCCUAAAAGCAUUCAUUUUGUUCCUUAGUAAAAUAGACUUUCAUUAUAUUAGAUGCAGUAAAAAGUUCACAACAUUUUUUCGCUUUAUAUCGGGAUCAAAUAACUAAGAUAUACUCCUCUUUAUUCUUCAUGAGCGCGAUAACCGCUUUCCUUGCUUCUCCGGCUCUCUAAGCUGGGCACGAAAAGUGAAAUCCAAUCCUUUUCCACCUUCUUUUCAACGGGAAGGAGAUCUUCCCCUUUCUCGACUACCACCAGCUGAUUUCGUAUUGAUUAUUUCCAGAGCGAGAGCGUUUGUAAGCAUUCGGACGUGUAGACGUAGCCAGUGGAACCGCUCGAUCUUUAUUCGCUGCACUAUAUCUAUGUCGCUCUAAAGCGCUGACAGUCCAAAAAACUUUCACAGAGUCUGUUCUCUCAAAGGAGGACUUUCUUUUCCUCGGCCACUACCAGUUGGUAGCGCAUAAAAUACUUUCAGAGCCGAAUCUUUUGUAUCCAUUUGGGUGGCAUGGCCUAGCGAGCGGAGCCGCUGUAUCUGUUCCAUCGCCCUCGAUAGUCAUCGUCGCCAACGUACAAAAGCGCUAAAAUCUAAAAGCGCAAAAUCUUUCGCUCAAACACUCCAAGGGACGCCUGAUUGGAUGUUUUUAUCAUCUCAACUUCUGAGCCAUACAAUUGAGAGGGACUUAUAAAGUGUUAGCUUUGUUCGUCGAGGGAGGAUAACACCUACUCCCUAGAAUUUCCUACUUAAUCCAAAGUAGCACUUGUUGGCAAGUGAGAUUCGCCGUUAGAUUGCAAGGCUGAGAUCUUUAUCAUAUUUCAUAGAUAUAAUUUUUCUUACAGAAAUGGUUUCAAAUAGUUGUCGGACUAAUCUUCAUUUCUUGGGCAAUGGAAUGACGAUUGAACUCAACGAUUUCUAUAAUUAUUAUUAUGAACAUUCUCGAUAUUUUCGCAUAUCAGAGAGUAAUCAUUGGAGUCACGGCUUUGCUAUUGCAUUUGACGCAUUUUUUGGCUGCCUGCUCCGAAUUUUCACCUUGGCCGUAGUAGUAGAAUGUAUCGAUUUUUCUUCCUUUUUCCCUACAUUUUGAAACGCUGUAACACACAGCUGACUUCACUAACAUUACAAAACUGUCAAGAAACGUUUUCUGAAGGUUAGGUAAGGUUCUCAAAAUGCCUUCGCCCUAACAGCAACCGCCGUCUACUGCGUUGAGUGGUAUGACCACUAAAACAAUCCCUUCUCUUCUUUAGAGGCGACACCCUUCUACUAGUGGCUGUCUGGCUAUGCGCAAACUGCCGUCCCCCACGGUAGCUUAGCGCUCAGCUUAGUCGUCCGAUCCCGAAGGAGCGUGGACCUGCGUCGUUAUGGGGCGACAAUCUCCAUAACGUAUAUUCAGAACUUUUUACUUCAUUCAAUAUUUGAUAGAGAAAAAUAAAAUGCGUUUCUAGCGUUCGCUUUCGAAAAUUUUCUUAGUAAAGGGUAUUUCAUAAGACCCGCCCAGAUUAGAUGUUGUCUCAAAAUAAAACCUGUAAACAUUUUAAUACAAAAAAUGUAGAUUCUUUCAGAUUUAACUAUUUUUAUUCAAAGUAAGGUUCUUAACAAUUUCAUGUGAAAAAUGGCUUCAUUUAAAUGACCGUCGUCGGCACCUCAACAGGUUCUCAUACGGGGAAUGAAAUUUUCAGGGACUUGCACACACUUUAUUGCAUUGAACUCAGCAAUCUCGAUCCGAAUGUUGUGAUUCAGCUCUGCAAUUAUUGUUGACUUAUUCAUAUAAUCUUUCCUUUUCAAAAAUACACCAUAAAAAGUAGUCUACUGAAGUGAGAUGGCAUGAUCUAGGUGGCCAGUUUAUAAUGUGGGGACGAAAACUUUUGCCCAACACUGUUUGCACAACAUAUCGCGUGUUCACUGGAAGAGUGUCAUGAACCAAAGUAUUGAGAAAACCAGAUUUGCAGUUCUCAAUCCGCUAUGCCUCCUUAGGUAAUAGCAAACACAUUUUUUUUCUCAUUACGCAAUACUUAUCUUAAAACUUCGUUUUGUAAUAUGACACUCUUGCAGUGGACUAGUGGAAAAAUUCUGAAGUCAUGAUAAACAUUUCAAAUGUGAUCACCAUAAAGUUUCAAUCGUGAAGGUAAUAAUUAACCGGUUGCAAAUAUUUUUUAUAAACUCUGAAAUUUGCUGAAAUGCCGUUGAAAUUGUGAUUGCAUCAAGUCAGUUGCUUUCAUAGAAAAAUUUGAAAUAUUAUUUACAAGUUUCCACUUUUUUCUGAAUCGUAGUUGACUCAUACACCGGCGUGCUAACGUCAAUUACACACUCAGUACUUAAUAUUAGUAAUUUAUUUAGCUUUAAAAUUAAUGAAAAACCGUGGAUACGAAAAAAAAAUUUAUUGAAUAAGCAAAAAAAAUGUAUUAAUAAGCAACGAAUACAUCAUUGAAGAAGUUAUUAGCCACCUAAGCAAAUACUUAGAAAAAUUAAAUUUGUUAAAAAAAAAAAACAAGAAAUAUGCAAAUCGCAAAAAGCGCUGACAAAUAGUUAUUUUUUUAUAACUGUCCAAGAUAUUCAUUGAUUAAAUCAAAAACUGUAAAACAUCACGUCCAUUUUGUAAGUGAUAUUUGCUCGUUUAAGUAGACUGUAAGUUAUGCUUCCAUAUACAAAAUUACGUACUUACGAUUUAUUAAAUAUUUAUAUGUAUGCAUUUGAUAUGUAUUACAAUAAAAAAAUAUACAUCUGAUAUUACGAU